AUAUGGAUGCCAUGUGAAUACAGUCUGCUAUUUUGGUUCACAAAUGACAUUUUAUUAAUUCCAAUUAUCUUUCAUGUUACUCCUCAGUAUUUCCUCUUUUUAAAAUGAAACACUCUGUAGCAGAGCAGCAGCGUUCGUGUCUCUAUUUGGAGGUUUGCUCCCAUGAGGAGCCUCAUCUGCCCAUGCACACCUCCAUUGUCCUCUUCCUGCUGUCUUACUGCGAGACCAAGUCUUUUAAAGUUUUCCUUGUGCGCAGCGACAGCCGCAACAAAAGCUGCUCCGAGUCUCUCAAGGCUCAGUUCCCGGGGUCUCUCAGUGGGUCAGAACUCCUCACCCCGGAGCAUCUGCCUCGGCUGGUGAGGAGCUGCCGCCUCCCGGCUUCCGUAGAUGAGAGUGGACGGCUCUGCAGAGCCGGGCUGGCAGUGGUCCUCAGGAACAUCAUCACUAGAACCAUCGAGGCUGACCCCUGCAGGAAUGACGUGCAGGCUCUGCUGGGGUUCAAGAAAACCUGCCUGAAGGCAUGUGCAGAGGUGAGCAAAUGGACCAGGCUGUGUGAACUGGGAAUCCCGUCUGCAGUUGAGGAGCACCUCCUGAAUCCCACUAACCAGGCCCAGCAGCUGCCUCCUGCUAUCCUCACCCUGGAGCAACGACUUGCUGAGCCCGUCAAAGUUCACAAUGACGACAAAAUCCGCAGACAGAAACUUCAAGAGCAAAGGCGGAUGGAAGAGAACAGCCAAGAGAAACCUCCUGAGUUGGACUCGUCUCAGGUCUCUGAAGGACUGGAGCUCAGGGCGGCUCUGGCCAAACUGGCUGUGGAUUCAGUUCCAGCAGGAGCCACUAGAGAGAACUCUGAGAUCAGGAAAGUGAAGACGACAGAUCUUCCUGAACUGGAGCAUGUGUUUGCUGAGGGACUCUACUUCACCCUGACUGAUGUGGUGCUGCUGCCCUGCAUUCAUCACUAUCUGUGUUCCAUCCAGGCCCAUGCAGCAGACACUCUACAUCACCUCCCCCGUCUGCUGCGCUGGUACAGCCGUGUUCAGGAAGUACCCGGGGUCCUUCGAGGUGCCAAGGAUUGUGGACUCCUUCUGUCUCAGGUCCAGGUUCCCUCAUCCAGUCCCCCCAGGGUGUCACAACAGAAGCACCCUGAUGAUCUGCAGCCUGCAGAGGAAAACCAGGAGGCGACGCCGGACUGUCACUUCGUCGGUGGUCCGAGGCCCACAAUGACUAAACUCAAAGAAAAUGGCAUCGAGGCAGUCUUCUCUCCUCAUCCUCGCCCUGCUUGGACCCUCCCAUGGGAGAGCUUACCAGCAGCUAUCAACCCCACUGAAGGUAUAGCUACAUUUUGA